CGGCGCUCCCCCGCAGGCAUGGACGAUGGCUUCCUCAUGGAGGUGUGCGUGGACUCGGUGGAGUCCGCCGUGAACGCGGAGCGCGGAGGCGCCGGCAGGAUCGAGCUGUGCGCGGGGCUCGUGGAAGGAGGCACCACCCCCAGCAUGGGGCUGCUGCAGGUGGUGAAGCAGUGCGUGCGCGUGCCCGUGUUCGUGCUCAUCCGGCCCCGCGGAGGAGACUUCCUCUACUCGGACCGCGAGGUGGAGGUGAUGAAGGCGGACGCGCGGCUCGCCAAGCUGCACGGCGCCGACGGGCUCGUGCUGGGCGCGCUCACCGAGGACGGCCGCGUGGACACGGAGCUCUGCACCGCGCUGCUCGCUGUUUGCCGCCCUCUGCCCGUCACCUUCCAUCGAGCCUUUGACAUGGUGCAUGACCCGCUCGUAGCGCUGGAGACGCUGAUUUCCCUGGGGUUUGAGCGGGUGCUGACCAGCGGCUGCGACAGCUCUGCGCUGGAAGGCUUGUCCUUAAUCAAGAGACUUGUUGAGCAGGCAAAGGGCAGGAUCGUGGUAGUGCCAGGCGGGGGCAUCACGGAGCGCAACCUGCAGAGGAUUCUGGAAGGCUCUGGUGCAUCUGAGUUUCACUGCUCUGCUCGCUCAGUCCGGGACUCAGGGAUGAAGUUCAGAAAUCCGAACGUUGCCAUGGGAGCCUCCUUCUCCGCCCCUGAAUACUCCAUAAAGGUGGCAGAUGUGGCCAAGGUGAGAACCCUCAAUGCCAUUGCAAAGAACAUCCUGUAGCAGACGGCAUCGUGCUGGGACAAGAGCGCUGAGGCUCCAGAGUCUUCCCUGCUGUGUGGACAGACGGGUCCUCCUCAGGCUCCAAAGGACAUGAACUGGGUGGUGAAGCCUGACAUCUCAUCCCUUGCCUUCCCCUGAUCGACCAGUCCCUGGCCUCAAGACCUGAUGUUGGCCAUUUUAAUUCAAAGGACUCAUUUCUGGAUGUUGCUCCAACAAGCUGCUCAGCAGCUUUUGGGGAGGAAGGGAGCUGAGCAAGUAGGGGGACAGAGUUGUGUAGCACUGCAUGU